GAGUAGAUAGUAAUGGAUUAAUCAUGGAUUAAUCAUUUCUUUGAGUACAGGUGAACGGCAUCGACGUCAGAAGAGCGCCACACCACAUGGUCACGGAUCUUAUUGUACAGUCUGGGGACCGAGUGACCUUAAAAGUGUUGCAUGGUAAUCACUCACAGGGUAGACACGCACGGAAUUGUGUCAAUAUGGCUGAUAGACGAAAUUCAUUUCGCCGUCCCGAAUCCGCCGUUCCAUGUUACCGAUCACUUUCGAUCCGCCCUGUUGCUUCAUGUGCGCAUCGAUCGCUCAGUUCAAGCCGUUCAUUUGAGAAGGUCAUAGACACCGGCAAAUCGAUCGCCUUUGGCGACUCUCAAGAUCGUCACACAACCAUGAGUUGUGCAGAAUUUCGUAAACCGCUCCACAUACAUCGUCUCCCCUCGGGUUAUCACUCCGUCUCAGAAGGGGAGGAGAAGUGUUCAGGCAAUAAUCGUGCUACGCCGGUUCCAGCGAACAAAUCUAACUCGAACUUCAAAGCACGCGUUGUGUUGAUCAGAACGCAACAAUCUUCAUCCGAAAAAGCGAAUGAUCAGAACCUAGUACUGGGUGGACAACAGGAAUCUAGCUCGGUCAUCCGGUCUACAUCGAAAGCGCAAAUGGGUCUUUCAAUUCCGCACUGAAUUCCAUCAGAAUGUACCCUCAGCAGUACAACGCAGACAAAGGAAGUCAUGUUCUAAUUUUUUUGAAUUCAACAAAACUUCGUGUUGAAUGCAUCUCACCAUAUGCCGGGACCCAGAAUAAGAGAAUACCCACAAGACAGUCAGAAUACCGGAUGUCACGAGCAACCAUUGUGUCAUGCGCCUACGAUUGAACCACCGCACAUCUCCCUCUGACGCAUUGGCAUUUUUCUCAAACUUUGUACCAUACACCUGACCCCAUAUUUCAGGAGAAACCAAAUGAGUUCUAUAGUUUUUCAUCGAAUUUCUCCUUACCCAUGAAAUAUCUGGCAAAGAAAAAUCGAAAAGCCAUCAGUUUCACGUUUAUUUAUAUGCCUUAUAUGAUCGCUUGUUUAUAUAACUAGCACUUACCGGAACUCAAAGCUCUUGCUUGCCUGUUUCAGACAUUUGCAAACAUGAAUUUUUGCGCCAAGCAUGGAAGUUUUUGGUGUCUGUGAAACGAUACGAGAAAAAUUUCCAACGCAAACGCAUUUGAUGAUUUUGACUGCUUUACUCACGUUUCAAUCCAGUUCCUUGUUUUAUUCUUUUGUAAUAUUCCGGUAGCACACAAAUUAAACGCUGCAGAUG